AUGCCAAAAGCUUUGAAACGGAGGCGGUUGACUUUGGGUGUAUUUGAUAAACUCGAAGCGGAGUUCCUCAAGGAAAGGGUUGCUCUCGAAGUUAAGUACCAACAACUUUAUCAGCCUCUAUAUGCCCAGAGAUAUGAGAUCGUGAAUGGAAUUAAAGAGGUUCGUGGAAUUCCUACUGAUAUAGAAGAUCAAGAGAAAGGCAUCCCAAACUUUUGGCUGACUACAUUGAAAAACAAUGAAGUUGUUGCUUAUGAGAUUUUUGAAAAAGAUGAAGAUGCCCUUAGAUAUCUUCGAGAUAUAAGAUGGAGCAAGACAGAUAAUCCUAAAGGAUUCAAGAUUGACUUCUUCUUCUACACGAAUCCUUACUUCAAGAAUUCUAUCUUGACAAAGAUUUACCAUUUGAUCAACGAGGAAGAGCCGAUCCUCGAGAAGGCUACUAGUACUAAGGUUGAAUGGUAUCCUCAUAAAUGCUUAACUUCGGAGAGUUUCUUAUAUAAGGACAUUGAAAUCAAAAUUAAAGGCCAUGAGAGCUUUUUCGACUUCUUCAAUCCACCUCCUGUCCCUAGAAGGCGCAAGGACCUUGAUGAAGACGUUGCUAAUAAACUCAAGAAGAAUAUGGAGCAAGACUAUUACGUCGGAGCGACUAUUAGAGACAAGAUCAUCCCACAUGCUAUCAAAUGGUUCAUUGGAAAGGCUCAAGGUAAUGUUUAUGACCUUGAUGACAAUGAAGACGUUGGCGAUGAGGAUGAAGAUUAUUCUGAAGAGGAUGAUGACUCUAAAGAUAUAUAG